AUGGUACAACAUCGAUCUUCAAUUAAUGAUCGAUCAAUUGAUUCACCAUCCAGAAGACGUCAAAUAAGGUUAAUAUCACAUGACUCAGAUAUUGGAGUGAACCGAUACCAAUUAUCUCCAUUAGACCAAAAACUACAACCAAUAAA